UGAAAUUAAGAUUUUUAAAAUCCUCACUUUACACUUGUUUCCACUGAAUUGCAUAUGCCAUUGCAUAUACCCCUGCAGUUUCUGGACCCACCACCAGCUCUGGCUCUGGAGCCCCCGAUUCUGGCAGCAUGCUCAGCAUCCCAGAAAUAAUCCGGAAGAAGCGGGAUGGGGAGAAGCUGCAGCAGGAGGAGAUCUUCUACUUUGUCCAGGCUGUGUCCAGGAAGGCCUUGCAGGAAGGGCAAAUUGGAGCGAUGCUGAUGACCAUCCGACUACAGGGCAUGGAGCCUGACGAGACUCUGGUGCUGACGCAGGCAAUGGCUACAUCAGGGAGGGUCCUUGAGUGGCCGGAGAAAUGGCAAGGGCUCCUGGUGGACAAGCACUCCACUGGGGGAGUGGGCGACAAAGUCAGCCUUCCUCUGGCACCAGCCUUGGCUGCCUGUGGCUGUAAGGUGCCCAUGAUCAGUGGCCGAGGUCUGGGCCACACCGGAGGCACCCUGGACAAGCUGGAGUCCAUACCUAGCUUCAUGGUCUGCCAGAGCCCAGAACAGAUGAAGCAGAUCCUGGAACAGGUUGGUUGCUGCAUUGUGGAGCAGAGUUCAGAGCUGGUCCCAGCAGACAAGGCCCUCUAUGCCCUGAGAGACGUAACAGCCACAGUGGACAGCUUGCCCCUCAUCACAGGUUCCAUCCUGAGCAAGAAGGCUGCGGAGAACAUCUCUGCCCUGGUUCUGGAUGUGAAGUUUGGCAGCGCAGCCCUUUACCCCACUCUGGAGAGUGCCCAGCAGCUGGCUGAGAGCCUGGUGUCUGUUGGGACCCAGCUAGGGAUAAGCACAUCAGCGGUGCUCAGCAAGAUGGACGGACCUUUGGGGUUUCGAGUGGGUCACUCCUUGGAGGUCCUUGAAUCCUUGGAGUGCUUGGAAGGACAAGGACCCAGGGAUCUCCGUGAGCUGGUGACCACGCUAGGAGGAACCUUACUGUGGCAGUGUGGGAGAGCCAGCUCUGUUUCCCAAGGCGCUGCCCGCAUUGCCAAAGCCCUGGACGAUGGCUCUGCCCUGAGGACUUUCCAGGCCAUGCUGGAAGCGCAAGGAGUGGAGGCCAACGUGGCCCAUGCCCUAUGUGCCAGGGGUCAGGAAGAGCGAUUCCAGGUGCUGGGGCAAGCCUGGGCGCAGGAGGAACUGGUGGCUCUGCGUGAUGGGACAGUCCAGCAGAUCCUUGGCCUCCCCAUUGCCCGGGUAAUACAUGGUCUGGGAGGUGGCCGCAGCCAGAAGGGGCAAAUGAUCAAUCACAGAGUGGGAGCUGAGGUGCUGGUCUCUGUGGGGCAGAAAGUGAGGAAAGGGGAUCCGUGGAUCCGGAUCCAUUAUGAGAAUCCAGAGUUGGGUGAUGCUGGCCGGCAUGAAUUGCAGGAGGCAUUGAUCCUGGAAGACUCUGAGCCCUUCGUUCCUGGCUCAAAGGUGGCAAGAACUAUUCUCCCGCAGGGCAAAUGGGCCAGGGCAGAUAAAGAUUAGCAGGCCUGAAGUGGGCUGAACAAAGUCAGCCCCCUGUUGACUGUUCACAGGAUGCGGGACGAGAUGGGCCAUGCGACCGAUCAUGUUAGGAUCACUGUGCUUAGCUCUUGAAUCACCUACAGCCUUGGAACGGGGGGCUUCUUCUAUUUUUACUGAACCCAUGGCAGGAUGAGAGAAUGUGAUUUUUGAUUUGGCAGGAUUUGAGUAAUACUUGUAACUUGAUAGGGCUUAAUCUAACUGACUUUGAAAAUUCUGACCCCAAAGAUACUUGGAAAAUUAUCAGGAAGAAUUUUACAG